UUCUCGUCUAGCACGGGUCUUGUUUGAAUUUAAGCUACUGUUGAUGAUAGCUUAAAUUUUAUAUAUACCGGCAAUAACAAAACAUAUAAAAAAUGUUUACUUAACUUAACCACACGACAUUUCAAAUAUUUCAUCAGUUUCUUUUAUUUUAUUUUUGUUUUACUUUCUGUAACAAAUUAUCAUAUCAAAUAAAAAAAAACUAUGAUUCUAAAUGGUGAAUUAAUGAGUGAUAUAUUAAAAUGACUGUUUGUUCAGUGCUAAAUGCGUUUAAAUAUAGUGGAAAAAAAAAUCAACGGUAAAUAAAUUUCAAAAUCGAAGGUAAAGAUUAUUUAGUCUUAUAAAUAGCAAUGUGAUCGUGUAAUUAUAGAUCAAUUUUACAAAAACAAAAAUUGUGAAAAAAACCAAAUGUGCAAUUUAUUGGUUUCUAUUUUUGUGCUGGAAUGAUAGAUUUUUUUAUUUUUUUUUUUAUUUUUUAUGUCCACACCAACUUGAUUGGCUGUCAAUUCCAGGAUGACCAACAUUUCGUGGUUUCCAGAGGAUGGAAUUAUUGAGCCACUCUUUCCUACAAAUCUCAAUGAAACAUAUGAAUUUAACAACGAAACAAUAUACGAUGAUAUUGAUAGUUUGUAUGAUGUACCCGUGGGAGUAAUAUUUCUAUUGAGUAUCUGCUAUGGAAGUAUAUCAGUACUCGCUGUCGUAGGUAAUUCUCUGGUGAUGUGGAUAAUUGCAACUUCCCGACGAAUGCAAAGUGUCACUAAUUGCUUUAUCGCAAAUCUCGCGCUUGCUGAUAUUGUGAUCGGACUUUUUGUUAUUCCAUUUCAAUUUCAGGCAGCAUUACUUCAACGCUGGAAUUUACCCUAUUUUAUGUGUGCAUUUUGUCCAUUUGUUCAAAUACUCUGUGUUAAUGUAUCAGUGUUUACACUGACAGCAAUAGCUGUAGAUCGACACCGGGCAAUAUUAAAACCUCUCAGCGCACGUCCGAGUAAGCUUAGAGCUAAAAUGAUUAUUGCCGGGAUUUGGUUGAUAAGUGGACUUUUAGCAGCGCCAAUGGCUGCUGCACUUCGAGUUAUUUUAAUUCCCGAAUACAUUGCAGGACGAUUACACUACCGGCCGUUUUGUCAAAAUGAAAAUUUAUCGGAAAAUUCAAUGCUGACUUAUCGCGCAUUACUUGGAUUUUUACAAUAUUUAACACCAUUAUCAAUAAUAUCGUGUGUUUAUACACGAAUGGCAUUAAGACUUUGGGGUAGUAAAGCUCCCGGUAAUGCACAGGAUUCACGAGACGCAAAUUUAAUGAAAAAUAAAAAAAAAGUAAUUAAAAUGCUGGUAAUAGUUGUCGCUCUCUUUGCAAUUUGCUGGCUACCUCUUCAAACCUACAAUGUUCUUCAGUACAAUUAUCCAGAAAUAAAUGAAUAUCGGUAUAUAAACAUCAUAUGGUUCUGUUUCGACUGGCUGGCAAUGUCAAACAGUUGUUAUAAUCCUUUCAUCUACGGUAUAUACAAUGAAAAAUUCAAAAGAGAAUUCAAACAAAGAUGUCCCUUUGGAUCUAAGAGAUGGUUAGCGAAUCAUCCGAUGGACAGUUACGAUAUGGAUAAAACGCAAAGCACCAGGACAUCAUUCAAAUAUAUCCUCAGGUAUGACUGGCGUAAGCCAACCCAAGGAAGCAAUUAUUCAGCGAAUGCAUCGAUCUGUCGAGGAGUAUCACUUCGUGAUUCAUCCCGAGUGCCAACAAAGUCAACCCAAGCACGGAGGGAAUCGAAAAAUAACAAUUAUUUCAAUCGGACACAACGCUCUGACUCCCGUAAUAAAAUGACCACGACAACGACAAGAACAACAACAACAACAACAACAACGACUACAGAAAAUAAUGAAACUUUGACUAGAGAUUUAUAUGUUUGUGUUGACAAUCAUAAAUGUGCAACCCAACAUAACUCAAGUGAUCUCGAAGAGUUGUGUCUGUGAUGAUACAAUUAUUCAAUAAAUUUAAAUUAUUAUAAUUAAUCCUGUGAAUAUAAUUUAGCACAAUGUUUUUAAAUGUAAAUAUGAUGAUGAUGAUGAUGAUGAUGAUGAUGAUAAUAUUAUCAAAUAAAAGACUUAAAAUUGUGUAAACAGUGACAAGAUAAUUAUCAUUUUAGUCAAAUUACAUUGUAUACGUCAUCUAAUUGCGUCACAGAUGGAUGAAUGUAUGUAUGUAUAUAUAUAUGUAUAUUUAAUAUGUCAUAGGAAUAUGUGUAAAUGUCAUAUAAUAUAUAUUCUAGUCAAACAGACACAGACAAAUGAUUAACUAUCUUUUCACUGUAAAUAUAUAACUUAAUUAUUUAUAAAUUUAUCAAUUAUAAUUGUGCGUUUCAAAU